AUGGCUUCAGGUGUUGAAGUAGCCGGCAGUAUAGUAUCACUUAUAGAUGCUGCCCUAAGAAUAGUCAACGAAGCCCGGAAAGCACGCCACAGAGUAUUAGGGAUACCUACAACACUGGACAAUGUCUCAAAACAGCUGGACAAUAUCGAACAAACUUUGACUCUUGUGCGAGGGGAGAGAAACUUGCAGAGCCUUGCUAUCGAGCAACAACUCCAGACAAUCGCUCAGGUUGCUGAAGAGCUUAGACAAUUCUACGAUCGGCUUUCUCUCGUCCAGCAGAGAAGCUCAACCUCCAAAUCCGUCCGCUCCUUGAGGAUGGGUGAUCGCGAAGAAAAGGAACUGGAGGGAAUUCUCAAGCGACUCGACAUGGCCAAGGGUGAUCUUACUGUACGUAUCCUUGUUGCACACGUGGGCGUAGUCGGAAACUUCCAUGAUGGGUUUCGAGUUGCAUACGACGUCCUUGCGGGGACAAACUUGAACGUACAGCGUGUCUUGGGUGUGAACAUGGCCCUUUUGGAACUGGUCGAGAAUCGCGAUCGCACAUUGGGUCAGUAUGACACUUUUGAUCUUUGUGAGCAUCUCUGA